AUGUCAACCAUCAAGAUAACUGUCGUCAAUGACCUGGUCUGCCCGAACUGCUACAUAGGCCAUCAUGAACUGCUCAGCGCCAUCUCCUACUGCAAAGCUGUUCUCCGUCUUCCGUUGAACUUCGAUAUCGAGUUCAGACCCUUCCAACUCAUUCCUCGUACUAUCCUCAACGAAGACUCGCCCAAGCUUAGCAGAGCCGAUUUUUUCACGCAACACUUGGGCAGAGAAGCGUUUGAGAGCUUUGCGGAGCAUUCUGUUAUGAAGUGGGCAGAGGAGCGGAAAAUCAAUAUCACGUUCACUGGCGUCAUAUGUGCAUCCACCAGAGCCCAUCGGAUGUCAAGGAAGGCGUAUCACCUCGGCGGGCAAAACCUACAGCUUCCUUUCCUCUGUGGUGUAUUCAAAGCCUAUCUCGACCAAGGACAAGACGUCGCCGACGUUCACGUUCUUGCUCAAAUCGCUGAGAAUGUUAAGAUCAUGCCCAAGGAGCAGGCCGUUGAAUUCCUUCUGUCUGACGAACUUGAGGAUGAGGUUCACAACCUGUGCGAAGAAGCGAAGAACAAGGGGUUCAAUGGUGUUCCGACUAUACUCAUCAAUGAAAGAUGGCAGAUAAGUGGCGGCCAGUCUUCGGAAGUUUUUAUAUUCAAGAAACUUGCUGACUGUGGUGGCUGUCCAUCUGCCGCGCCUUCGCCUUUCGCUCCUAUGCUCGAAAAUGACAUCGCUCACGCUCCGAUUGUUGUUUAA